UUCAAAUAAACAAACUCGAAUUCGAACCAAAACAAAUACCGGCGUGUUAAUUUCCCUGUCACUUCAGCAAUAAAUAUCUAAAGUAUCUCAAGUGAUUGAAACAAACAUGAUUGAAGAAUUGGAAGUUUAUAACUACCUUCGAUCGGUGGAUUGCUGUCGUGUAUGUUGCUUGCGCUUCCUGAAUGGAAGAGCAGAUGAUUUCAUCAAUAUUGAAGAUGCUCUCGAAAAAAGGAACAUAUCAUCUAGUAGCGAUGGUCAAGGCAGUCCGCCGAAAAAGGUCCGCGAAAAUACCUGUGUCGCCUGUUUAGGUCUAUUCGAAUCCGAGCUGUUGGAAAAUCUGCUAACGGAGAUAUGCUCCAGUGCGUCUUUCAAGGAGUACGACUGUCAGGCUUUCUCCAGCUCGAUUUCGCUUCCCCUAGUUCUUCACCUGCGGCAGCUGUCGCUUUGGAUUGAUCUACUGGAGCGGUUCCCAAAUAGAUACGAUAACAGCUCAUCGCCGCCGGAUGUUACCGUGAAGGAUGCUUUUAAGAUGAUCCUGAAUCGAAAGCUGGAGGAGAAAUUGAAGAGGCCAUUUUCCACCAACGGAGUCAUGGUCAAUGUUUUUUUCAAGUAUGCCGACGAAGAGCGAGAACUGUUGUUGCUUGAGAAGGUAAAGCCGGAAGUAUUCGUCGAUCGCAAGGCGAAGAAACACUGUCGGAAGGAAUUCUUAACCAGAAACGCAUUCGAGAAGCAUUUCACACCGAGUAAUCUCAGUUUAAAAUUGUAUCGAGAGCACAUUUCAGUUCCUCCUGCUGUAAACGAUGAUAAGCUAGAGUUGGAGAUGGUGAAUUUUACGGGACCAACGAUAUUUCUUGCCGGAAGGUAUAAUAAAAUAUCUAGGGAGCUUAGCCAAACGCCUUGGGUAAUUGACGGGAAGCGAAAAAUGGAGAAUAGUGUACAGGAAAUCAUGGCUUCAGUUGUGGCGCCUUACUUCCGUGUUCCGGAUGAUAGUUUAAUUUUUUCAUCGAGUGGAAGGGAAGACGUGGACGUUCGUUGUCUUGGCGAAGGGCGACCCUUCGUGCUGGAAAUUCCUAACACAUAUAAGGAUUAUCUACAAGAAUCAGUAGCCGCUGAGAUGGAGAUGGCUAUCGAGAGGUCUAAAAAGAUAUCCGUCAGAGACCUGCAGCUGGUCAGUCGCGAAGAAUUGGUACACAUCAAACAUGGCGAGAUGGAUAAGCGAAAGUUUUACCGGGCUUUGUGUGUAAUUGAGAAACCCGUAACGGUAGCGGUGCUGCAAGCACUCAACGUUGAGGAACCGUUUGAGAUUGAACAGUGGACUCCGCUGAGAGUCCUUCACCGAAGACCAUUACUCUCUCGCCCGAGGACUGUAUAUAGCGUGAAGGCGUCCGCUUGCCGGAGCAACGAACGAGUGUUGAUUGUAGAUAUUGUGACGCAGGCUGGAACCUAUAUUAAGGAACUGGUACACAGUGAUUUCGGACGGACCAAGCCAAGCCUCCGAAGCAUCAUUGGGCAACCGAUUGAUAUUCAUGCGCUGGAUGUUAUGGCUAUCGAUUUGGAUUGGCCCAAGAAGCUGAGAAGGUGAAUUCUUAUGAUAGAGAUUGUUAAAUAAACUAUACGGUUACAUUGAUCGUUAUUUAUUUAUCGAAUUUUAUAUUAUAUUGCAUGUUGUCCAAUCGAUUCAUGUUUUUAUCGUGUAGGUCUCACUAAUAACAAUUUGUGUAAUUGUGGUCCAGGAUGUCAUAAUAUCGAGUAUGUUGUUUGGUUAAGUAAAAAUGCAAUAAAUGAAUUUAAAUGGCUGCUGAUUUAGAGGAUCGAAAGUGUAUACCCACGUAAAUCAGAUUAUGAUAGCUUGGGUAGUCGCGAUCUUACAGGGCUAUAAAGUUAUUACAAACAAUGUUCCGGACAACGUGGUAAGGAAGGAGAUAAUGCUAUUUUUAUCUAUAAUAUAUUUUUGUAGUCAUUGAUUGAUUUUACUCAGUCUCAUAUUUAUGUAGGUCUUAACUUGUUGGCGCACCGAAAUAAUUUAUUCUCCGUUUUUAUAAAUCCUUUGUAUUUUUCACUUGGAUGAAGAAUUAUAAAAUUCCUAUAGGAAAUAAUAUAUGUAGUUCGAUUAUGUUCUCUUCUUAUACAAUUGAAACUCACGUUUACUAUUUCCACCCGAUCAGUAAAGCUGAUGAAUGUUUUCUCGGGGUGCCAACUACGUUGAAGUUGCGAAUUCAGAUUAUCGGUUACAAAUUCCUAGAUUAAUCUACUAGAUUUAGAAUAUUUUUAAGUUAGGUAUAAUUUUUACUAGAUUUAGGCAAAAUAUUACCUUUUGACGAAUAUAACUAAUGAUAGCAAUUAGAUCGCUGCCAGUCGAGUAAAGGCGCGCUCUGAUAACAUAACUAUUUAGAUUUGUGUUGAAAAAUGAUACAUGAUGACUCUUUGUCUUCUUCUGCAUGAUUGCAUAAACAGAAGAAAAGGGUAGUAAUGGCUUUCAUGGUAUUUUUGUGUACAUUUUUGAACAGAAUGCGGUACCGAAUUCUACCACGUUAUGUCAUCUAACCCGUUUAAAGGAUACAAGUACAUACAUGAAACGGUUUUUUCAGAGCAUCCAUUUAAUAUAUCAAACGAGAAUAAA